AUGCCAGCCUUUAAAGCCCGUCCUCAUUGUUUAAUUUGUAAUAGUCCCAAGCUGAAACAACUUGAAAUCAUUACAAAUCCUGAGCAGGCUACAGCUGCCAUAGCUGAUAUACUGGAUACUGUAGAUAAUACCACUGGGGAUCACAAUGACAAACCUCUCAAAUCAGGAGAUUUAAAACAUACUACGUCUAUCCUGUCUUCUAUUAUCCAAAUAGGAAACUCAAAGAAUGCGUCGGUCAAUUCAGAGAAAUUUGCAGAUGUUCUGAAUUCUGUGUUGAAUACAGGAAACAGCCAUAGUUGGGACGAAGUAAACACGAACGACGAUUCUGACAAAGGAGCAUCCAGCAUUAUGCGAAUAGUAGACAGUCUUGGUAGUCUCGUUCAAAAGAAUUUAUCAUCGAAUGAAAAAAAAAUCAUCAGCAGAAAAAAUUUUGUCAUAGAAAUUUCAACACUAAAGAAGAACCUGUCUUUCCCGCCAGAUGUACAUUCAAGAUCAAGAUUGUUCCUUGCUGACCAACCAGCUUUAAAAGAUAAGUUUUACACAGCAGCAAUGUAUAAAACAUUGUCGGGCAUCCUUCCAACAACGACAAAUAGAUCAGUUGGCUCUGAUGUGAUGUCCGUUUCAUUUGACCAAACUAUCCACAAUUUAGCAGAAAAUAUAUCAAUUACAUUUGAACAAAAUAAAAAGGUGAAAUUCAUAGAUCCAAAGAUAUCUUGUGGAUAUUGGAACUUCAGUUCUAGAAGUUGGACUUACGAUGGAUGCUAUUUGAAAAUGAGCGACUCCAAAGUGUCUACAUGCACAUGCAAUCAUUUAACUAAUUUUGCAAUAUUGAUGAGCCCUAGUGAUGUUGAAAUUUCAGAUGCUAACAAGAAAGCCUUAGAAAUUAUUACGUUUGUUGGGUGUGGACUAUCAAUAUUAGGAUGUUUUCUUACUCUUAUUAUUUACGCUGUAUUUUGGAGAUUCGUCAAACACGAAUGGGCUGUGAUUUUAAUGCAUAUGUGCAUCGUUUUAAUAAUUGGAUAUUCCGUCUUCCUAAGUGCUACAGAGGAAACGGAAAAUGAUAUUGCUUGUAUUAUAAUAACAGGUGUUCUACAUUACGUGUUUUUGGUUGUAUUCUUCCUUAUGUUAUGUAAUGGAAUAAUUGUCGCUAGAUCUGUCAUAUAUGUGUUCAAGACAAAAUCGAGACUUCCUCAAUAUAUAGCAGUGGCUUGGGUUGUUCCGUUAUUGAUCGUAGGAAUAACCCUUGGAAUAACCAGACUAAAAGGAUAUCAUUCCGAAAAAUAUUGCUGGCUAAAUACGAGUAAUUUUGUAUUUAUGUCUUUUGUUGGACCUGCUUUACUAAUUAUACUGAUGAAUAUAGGAACUAUUAUAAUAGUUUUAAGAGCUGUGUAUUCUAGAAAGGGUAUUCAGAAUGAAACAUUGAAGAAAAAAGCCAGACAUGGUAUUAAAUGUAUGGUGACACUAUUACCAGUGUUAGGACUAUCAUGGUUAUUUGGAAUUCUGGCAUUUAAUGACGAUACGAUCAUCUUUCAAUAUCUAUUUGGUAUAACCACUUCCUGUCAGGGAUUAUUUGUAUUUAUUUUUCAUACAGUUUUAAGUAAAAAGGUACAAGAAGGAUUUAGAAAAACAAUGCACAGACGCAGAGCAAAAUCUAUGUCUAACUUCAGCAGCAAACCAAAGUCUUCUGGUACAAAUGACAGAUUUGAUUCAAAAGAUAGUAACACUGAUUCUACAAUCUUAAAGGAUAUGAAGAAGGAGACGCCAAAGAAAUAUGAAAUAAGGGCUUUCCUAAAUAAAUCGUAAGCGUUCGAAGUAGCCAAAGACUAAAACUGUCUUCAUAGUUAUAACUGUUAAUCAAAUAUAUCGACUUUCUGUAAGCAAAGUCAGAGAUAAGUUUGACCAACGUAGUAUGGAAGUGAUUCUAGAUAAUAUAUUGUAAACCAACUUAUAUUUGUAUGUUUGCAA